AUGGCCAAAGGUCCAGCCGAAAUUGCUCAUGGCCCGAUCUUCAUUGGCUUUGUCAUUAAGACCAUUCUAUAUGGUCUAAUCCUUCUACAGGCCUACCUUUAUUAUGUCACGUUCAAGAAGGACAGGCUCUGGCUGAAAUUACUCAUCGCAUUUCUAGUAGUGGCGGAUACCGUCAAUAUUGUAUUCGAUGUGGUGUACAUAUACACUGCGUUAAUCAUCCACUUCAACGACCCCGCUUACCUCGCCAACGCAAAUUGGCUAUUUGCGACGGAUCCAGCAAUAAACGGCAUAACCACUGCGACAGUGCAGCUAUUCUUCGCCUGGCGAGUUAAAGUCCUGACAGGCAACAUCUGGCUGGUCUCUUUGAUCACCAUCACCUCCAUCUCCAGUGGACUGUGCGCAAUUGGAGCCGCUGCUGCUACAGAGUGGGUCCCGCAAUUCAUCAAUUUCCAGAAAUUCGAAGUUGUGGUCAUCAUAUGGCUCGCUGGCUCGGCUGUCUCAGAUGUUGUCAUCACCGCAGCUAUGACAUGGUACCUAUCCGGAUUUGGGUCAUCCGACCAAGUAAUUGAUCGCAUUAUCCGACUGACAAUUCAGACAGGCUUUCUACAAGCCGUCUUUGCCAUCAUUGAUCUAAUCUUCUUCCUUGUCGAUCCUUCAGGAACCCAUCUUAUUUUCAAUUGGAUCCUAUCCAAACUCUACUCGAAUGCAAUACUGUCGAGCUUGAAUUCGAGAUCCGGUUGGAAGUUUGGCAGCACUGACAACGGGAACCUGUCAGCUGGGAUAUCUAGUACUCGGCGAGGCGUAAGCACUCUAUUUGUUGUCACCGCCCAUGAUCUAACAGCCAAUGGCAAUAUGUUUCAGCAAGUUGUCCAAGUCUUUCGACGAGAAGAGGUUGAACUCAACGUUAUCUCUGACAUCAAAGAAGACAGUUACCCCUCCUCUGAGCGAAAUUCCGAUCCCGUCUGA